AUGCGGAUCGACUGUUCUUUGCUCCGGCGGCUGAUUUGUCUCGGUGUCUGGUGUUUGCUCGGUGGAGGAGAGACGGUGGUUGUGGCGGAGGAUGAGAGGAAAGUGAUACAUAGAGAGCUUAAUCAGACUCCCACUUGGGCUGUUGCUGCUGUCUGUACUUUCUUCAUCGUCGUCUCUGUUCUUCUCGAAAAAUUGCUUCACAAAGUUGGAACGAUUCUAUGGGAUCGGCACAAGAGAGCUCUUCUCGAUGCUUUGGAGAAGAUCAAAUCAGAGCUGAUGGUUCUUGGAUUCAUCUCUCUGCUUCUAACAUUUGGACAAAGCUACAUUUUGAUGAUUUGUGUCCCUCCGAGUGUUGCUCGUACGAUGCUCCCAUGUCCUGUUCAUGAAGCCUUAAAAAAGGAAGACGAUGAGAAAGAGGACAGUCACAGGAAACUCUUGUGGUUUGAGCACAGAUUCUUAGAAGGAGGGGAAGCAUCUCCCACAAAGUGCAAAGACGGUCGUGUAGGGCUUAUCUCUGCGGAGGCGCUACAUCAGUUGCACAUACUCAUAUUCUUCUUAGCCAUUUUCCACGUUCUUUACAGCUUCUUGACCAUGAUGCUUGGGAGGUUAAAGAUCCGUGGAUGGAAGCAUUGGGAGAGCGAGACAUCAUCCCAUCAUUACGAGUUUUCAACAGAUACUUCAAGAUUUAGGCUAACUCAUGAAACCUCUUUCGUAAGAGCGCACACUAGUUUCUGGACUCGGAUUCCAGUCUUUUUCUAUAUUGGAUGUUUCUUUAGACAGUUUUUCAGAUCCGUUGGAAAAACUGACUACUUGACAUUGCGAAACGGAUUCAUCGCUGUGCAUCUAGCUCCAGGAAGUCAAUUCAACUUCCAAAAAUACAUAAAAAGAUCCUUAGAGGAUGAUUUCAAGGUGGUAGUUGGAGUCAGCCCGGUCUUGUGGGCAUCUUUUGUUCUCUUCCUCCUCCUAUGUGUUGAUGGUUUCAAGGCAUUGUACUUUGCAACUGCAGGACCGGUUAUUAUAAUUUUAGCUGUGGGGACAAAGCUUCAAGCGAUCAUGACGAGGAUGGCUCUAGGAAUCACUGAUAAACACGCAGUCGUUCAAGGAAUGCCUCUUGUACAAGGCAACGAUGAGUAUUUCUGGUUUCGUCGUCCUCAGUUGAUUCUCCAUCUCAUUCAUUUCGCUUUGUUUCAGAACGCGUUUCAGAUCACAUAUUUCUUCUGGAUAUGGUAUACCUUUGGAAAAGAUUCUUGCUACCAUCCUAACUUCAAGCUUGCUAUUGUGAAAGUAGCUAUUGCAGUUGGAGUCUUGUGUCUUUGCAGCUACAUCACACUUCCACUUUACGCACUCGUAACUCAGAUGGGUUCACGGAUGAAAAAGUCGGUAUUCGACGAGCAAACUUCCAAAGCGCUGAAGAAAUGGAGGAUGGCGGUGAAGAAGAAGAAAGCAGGGAAGUCAAGCACCACCAGGAGACUAGGUGGAGAUGGAAGCGUGAGCCCUACGGCAUCAUCAACGAUUAGGUCUUCUCCUUUAUCCGUAAGGUCAUUGCAGCGUUCUAAAACCACGGGACCUUCCAUGAGAUACGAAGGACUUGAUCCUGAAACAUCAGAUCUUGACACGGACAACGAAGCUUUGACUCCUCCCAAAUCUCCAAUCGCUGAGAAUCCUGAGAUUGUUGUGAAAGUUGAGCCAAAUAAGCUAGAGACCAAGACCGGUGGUGAGACUAGCCGGCGUGACAGUGAAACUGAUUCCAAAGAGUUCUCUUUUGUCAAGCCUGCACCGAGCAAAGAACCAUCACAAGACCGUUGA